GUUUUCAAUAUCUACAUCUACAUCUUCAUCAUUAUGAUACGCAGAAUCAUGCCAUGCUUCUUAAAACCUUUGUGUCAUUUAUCGGGAGCGGCGAAAUUUCGGUUGCUUUGCAUCCAUGUUAUUCUAAGUUGUUCCUUUACUCUUAGUUUCUCGGGUUCUCCGAACAAAAGCAAUUCCAAGGCUCAGCCCCAUCAAAUCUGUCUCCGUACCAUCCUGACCGCUGUCUCCCAUCGAUAAGAGACGAAGUGUCUCAACGAUUUUAUCAACAUUGUAUUCUUACCUGCUCUCUUAUAGGCUGAUCAUCCACUGCAAGAAGACGUGCUUUGGUUGAGAGAAGUGCAGAGAUAUGGACUACUCAUUUUAUUCCAAUCCUCAGUCACAGCAACCAUUCCCCAUCUACGAUCUCCACGGACUACCCACACCCGAUCAGAACAACCCAGCGCCUCAGGGGGAUGAUAUCAAUGAUCCAUUCAGUUCUCUAGUUAAUUAUCAUUCAUUCGACCCUUCCUUUCGCAUUCAGAACCCCGCCGCCCCUUCGUCCUUUGUCCCUCCACCGCACUCCCCACCUGAAUCCUUCUCCAAACACUCUGUUUCGAGCAAUGAUUUCCCCAAUAGCCAUGCGGAGCCUGGAUCCGUCGAAGGCGGCGAUGAUCAACUCCAGCAUCGGAGCAGCAGCGAGGAAAAGGACAAUCUGACUCCAGCACAAAGCAAGCGCAAGGCACAGAACCGAGCUGCGCCCGCGCUGAAAACAUGCUGUGGAAUAAGUGCGGCUAACGUAUCCCCCAUCGGUGCAUCCAGUCAGCGAGCCUUCCGCGAACGAAAGGAGCGCCAUGUCCGCGAACUCGAAGAGAAAGUCAGCACGCUCGAGCAAGAAUCCACCACCCUAGCCGCCGAUAACGAACGGCUGAAGCGGGAGCUGGCCAAGUACGCAACGGAGAAUGAGGUUCUACGGGCUACCACGGGCCGAUUGGCGAGUUCGCAAGGCCGUCAUCUGGACUCGGAGCCAACCGUCACAGGUCCGAUGAAGUACACCCCCACUGACUUUUACACGAAUCUUGUGCCGAAGGGUGAGCCGGCGCCUACGCAUCGGGUGACGAUCUGCGAGAAGACGGGGGAGAGGCUCCUCGAUGCCGGAGCGACCUGGGACCUUAUCCAGGGGCAUGAGCUGUACAAGCAGGGCCUGGUGGAUAUCGGGGAUGUCUCUGAUCGGUUGAAGGGGAUGGCUCAGUGCAAUGGACAGGGUCCGGCGUUCAGGGAAGGCCAGGUGCUCCGGGCCAUUGAGGCGAGCGCUGCGGCUGGCCGCGAUGAAUUGAUAUGA